AUGUAUCAACAAAAAUUUGCUGAUCAUUUCUUUGCUCUGCAUCAGCUACAGGUUCAAUCUGGAUACUCUCUACUGGAAUCGGCUUUGCCAUUUCUGGAUCUGCUACUGCUUGAUGAAGCACUGAGUGAGCGAGAUGGCCAAACAGCUGCAGAUUUUUUAUCUUUCCGUCAUGCACAUAUUGCCAACCACAGACUUCAAUUAGAACAUCCUGAACCGCAAUGUGAACGGUGGUUUCAACAGCCGUAUGAUGAAAUGAUAGCUGCACAUCUUAGAGGUGUGUGGUGCAUCUCUAAUAAUGAUUUUGUAGAAGCCUAUGCCUGCCAAAGUAUUGCCAUACAAGCUUUUGUCAGAGCCUUUCAGAGUCACAAGGAUGAGAACUGGGCUUUACCAAUAAUGUUCACAUUGACACUUGAUUUAAGAUUAUUUGCUUGUAAUGCAGAUAUUCAACUGUCAAAGAAAGGCAGGGGUAAACCUGGUGAAACGCUAGAGAAGGCAGCUGAGUUACUGAUGUCUUGUUUUAGAGUGUGUGCCAGUGACACGAGGGCAGCUGUUGAGGAUUCCAAGAAAUGGGGCAUGUUGUAUCUGGUGAACCAGCUUUUUAAAAUAUACUUUAAGAUCAACAAACUGCAUUUAUGUAAGCCAUUGAUACGUGCCAUUGAUAGUUCAAAUCUUAAAGAUCAGUUUCCAAUUUCCCAGAGAGUCACCUUCCGUUAUUUUGUUGGCAGGAAGGCUAUGUUUGAUAGCGACUUCAAAAGUGCCGAAGAGUACCUGUCCUUUGCUUUCAUCCACUGCCAUAGAACAAGCAAGAAAAAUAAACGAUUGAUUCUGAUCUACCUACUGCCUAUAAAAAUGCUUCUGGGUCAUAUGCCAAGUGCUAGACUACUUCAGAAAUAUGACUUGUUGCAGUUUGCCGAUGUUGCCAAAGCUGUUAAGAUUGGCAAUCUACUGUUGUUUAAUGAAGCAUUGCAAAGGCAUGAAGCAUUCUUCAUAAAGUGUGGUGUCUAUUUGAUUUUAGAGAAACUCAAGAUUAUAACUUACAGGAAUCUCUUUAAAAAAGUUGCUAUAUUGAUGAAAACACAUCAGUUACCUGUGAGUGCGUUUGAAACUGCAUUGAAAUUCAUGCAGAUAGACGACAUAGACUCAGAUGAAGUACAGUGCAUAUUAGCAAAUCUUAUAUAUCAGGGUUAUAUUCGUGGAUACAUAUCUUACCAAUUCCAGAAGCUUGUCAUCAGCAAACAAAAUGCAUUCCCACCCCCGCAGUCUAUCAGCUCUUAAACCCACAGGAAUACAUUGACAGUGUUGAAAGGAGCAGGAAUGUCCAUGGAGGUGUACUUCAAUUGAGUCAGUUCCAUGAACCGCAAGCCAACCUAAGACUAUUGUCAUGGUGUUGAUUUCCUUUUCACCUAUGACAACUCUCAGAUGGAAUCAUGAAGCUGUAUAUCUGUUGUACAAUAUGGUAGUUCAAGGUAAACUAGUACCGUAUUUGUAGUGUUCAAUAAUUGACUGCCAAGAUCUUUUUGGGAGGAACAUUAUUUGGUGGCAAAAACUAGUCACAUGGCUCUGAUACCCAUUUUCGAAUGAGGCUCAUUGCAGGUGCGCUUCUAAUACCGAUAGAUGAAAUACAACAUGCUUCUUCGUCUUCUUGUAACCAUGUGUCUGAUUUGUAUA